AUGUCAACUCACUCCGGCGGCUGGUUUCUGGGAGCUUAUUGUCUACUGGCCAUCGCCUUCUUCCCCAUCGCCAGGAGUACAGGCUCCUGGAUAACUUCAUCCAGUUCGUGGGCCAUAGAUUCAUCGGGAGCUCCUUACAGCUCCGGAGGGGUUGAUUACAACGCCGGGAAGGCGCUGGACGGAGACUCCAGCACCUACUGGAACCCGGCUGGCCUGCCGAGGAACCAUGACAACUGGUACAUCGUUCUGGACUUCGGAGCUUUCUACAGCCUUUCCAGGUUCAAGUUUCAAAACUACGGAGACACGGGCCACGACAUUGCUGCCUUUAGGCUGCAAACGUCGUCCACUUCGGACCCUUACAGCUGGGCAACCGUGGCGUCCAAUGACGGCGUUGCUACAGGACAUAGUUCGUUUCAAGAGUUCGGCUUCACGGCGACGUCUUCCCGCUACUGGAAGUUCCUUGUAUCAAGAACGCACAGUGGAUACCAGCCGUGGCUGAAGGAAGUACAGUUCUAUGGCUCAGGAGUCGCCUCUGACGGUGGCUGGUCGGCGUGGAGCGGCUGGACCGGGUGCAGCAUGACGUGUGCCUCCGGCGCGCAGUCCCGAACCCGCAGCUGCGACAACCCCGAGCCGCGCUUCGGAGGGGAAAAUUGCACGGGGGUCGCGCAGGAGAACAGGAUCUGUAACUCAGACGUGCUGUGUUCAGUGAACGAAACAGGUAGUGUCGUCGGUGCAGAUCAUUUACUGUAUCCGUCACUCUGCAUGUACGGGGACGGUUCUACCUACCGUGGAUCAGAAAAUACCACACAGUCUGGCCUAACAUGCCAGCGCUGGGACAGCCAAUCACCGCACGAGCACAACACCACCGUCUCGCAUCCUCUCGCGGGAUUGGACGAGAACUACUGUAGGAACCCGGAUGGAGCAGCACGACCUUGGUGCUACACCACGGACCCGAAUGUAACACGGGAAUACUGCAAUAUUGCGACUUGUUUCGAAGAUGCCUGCUACGACGGUGACGGGUCAGAUUACCGGGGCACUGCUAACUUCACCAAAUCCGGACGGGCCUGCCAGCACUGGGCGAGCCAGACUCCUCACGAGCAUGACAGAACUGCCGAGAACUACACUAGCGCCGGUCUGGAGGAAAACUACUGCCGAAACCCCGACGGUACAGCCUACCUCUGGUGCUACACGGAGGACCCCAGUGUAAGACAUGAAGAGUGCGUCAUUCCUCGAUGCAAUAGAUGCUAUGAGGGAGACGGUUCAAGUUACCGGGGCACUGUAAACGUCACCAAAUCCGGACGAGCCUGCCAGCCCUGGGCGAGCCAGACGCCUCACCAGCAUGACAGAACUGCCGAGAACUAUACUAGCGCCGGUCUGGAGGAAAACUACUGCAGAAACCCCGACAGUGAAGGCUUCAUAUGGUGCUACACGGAGGACCCAAGUGUGAGAUAUGAAGAAUGCGUCAUUCCUCAAUGUGAUAAGGAGCAAUGGACGCGUUACGGCACCAGCUACUUCCGAGUGUACGAUGAGGAGCGGAAGACGUACGACGAAGCGAAGGCGGUGUGCGCCAACGAGAGCGCGCUCCUGCCGAUCGUGAGAGACUCCGGAACGUGGGACUUUCUCGUCGCCCUGAGGAGCUCGUCUGGCGUUAGCACCGAUAUCUGGAUAGGCGUGACGGAUCUGGAGGAGGAGGGGAAGUACGUGUGGGAGGAUGGCAGCCCGCCCGGAUGGGAGCCUGACCUCAGCAGCAGGAGGGACCACAGGGACUGCGCCAAGAUGUCAUCAAUUGAUCUGCAAGCUGCUAACUGCAAUAAUCAAAAGUAUUACGUCUGCCAUAGACAAACCAGGCCAUGUUCCACGAACCCUUGCAUCAACAACGGCACGUGUGUGGAGACCGUGCCGUCAGGCUUCAUGUGCAGAUGUGGUGAAGACUACACCGGCACCUAUUGCG